GUUAUUUGCCAGCUAUGUGAUCCCUCCGUUGUGUACAAAUUGAAAAAUAUCGAGUGCCUGACUGUGACCGGAUUCUCGGCGAACGCUUCGUGCCAUUUAAAGGCCGUUAACUGGAACAAAGCGGUGGCCCAAAUGGACGUUGAUCUCGUAAAGCCGUUGUAUAACAUAUCAGUUCAACUUCAGGUCUUUAAGAAAGACUACAGUAAUAAGUUCCAGCCGUUUCUUAUAAAUGUGGUCUUAAAUAUAUGCGAUUUAUUAUCAAAGCGAAGUUUUAUGCCAUACGGGUUAAUUAUUCUUAAAGUUGCUAAGCAAUUUUCGAAUUUUAAUCACAGCUGUCCUUAUGCCGGUCAUUUAAUCGCACGCGACGCUUAUCUUCCCGAAUCAUUUUCUCCGAUCGUUCUACCAUUGGGCCUCUACAAAAUGAACGUCACAAUAAUGGAGAACUACACAAGGCCGCCAAACGCACACGUCGGAGGUAUUGUGUGGUAUCUCCAGGCCAUGCAGCCAAUCCAGACCAAGAGAACCCCGAAAUAA